AUGUCGCCUGCUGCAACACUGCAGGUAUCGCCAGCCACGUUGCCCGACACAGGAGGAGAGCCAGCAGAAGCCACAAGAGAAGUUGCGUCUCCACCUGCGUCACCAUCCACUGUACGAGAUCAACGACCAGCUGCACCACAAGUGGCUGCACCAGCCGCGUCACCAGCCACACCAGGAAUUGCCACGGAAGCCACAACACAACUGCAGUCUCCAGCUGUACUGACAUCCACAACACAACUUGAACCAGCAGCUGCAACACACGUGGCAUCUCCAGCCACGUCCCCAUCUACAACACAUGUCUCAUCAGGCGUGACACAAAUGGCGUCGUCACCUAUAAUCGAAGUGGCGUCACCACCCACAACAAGAGCAAUUCUUCAAGCCUCAUCGCCAGGCAAAACAGAAGUUACAUCACCAGCAGCCCAUGUAUCCACAAAACGUGUAGCCUCAUUACCUUUAGGGCAGGUGGUGUCCAAAGCAUCGUCGUCAGCCUCCACACGAAUAGCAUCCGCCAUCCCCAUUGCCUGCAACAGCAUGCAACUUAUCACCAGUCCUGUUGACAGAUACAAAACCCAUCAAGCCACCAAUCCUGUUGCCACAUGCUGUGUCACCAGUCCUGCUGCCGGAUACAACACUCACCAAGUCACCAGUCCCGUUGCCAGAUUCAAAACCCAUCAAGCCACCAAUCCUGUUGCCGGAUACAGGACACGCUGUGUCACCAGUCCUGCUGCCGGAUACAACACCGAUCAAGCCACCAAUCCUGUUGCCGGAUACAGCACACGCUGUGUCACCAGUCCUGCUGCCGGAUACAACACCCAUCAAGCCACCAAUCCUGUUGCCGGAUACAGCACACGCUGUGUCACCAGUCCUGCUGCGGGAUACAACACACGCUGUGUUACCAGUCCUGCUGCCAGAUACAACAUGCGUUCUGUCACCAGCCCUGCUGUGGAAUACAACACGCGUCCUGCCACCAAUCCUGUUGCUAGCUACACCAUGAUUCGUGUCGCAAGAUUCUGA